UAAUAAAAUUUAUUUAAGUAUAGGUAAUUUUUGAAGUCGGUGUGUCAUUGUCUGUUAAAUUGACUACUCUUCAUACUCUCUCAUCUGGAACUACUCUUGCGCACUCACUUUGUGAUUUUGUUCGAUUUCUUAAAUUUGGUUGUUUCGUACUUUUCUAUUUACGUUAAAUUGAACUUACUGUUGCUCCUUGUUGCUUUGCAAACGCUACAAUCUUUAUGUCGAGUUGAGUAUCCUUCUCGGCAUCUAGGAAUCGAAGACCUUGUGAAACUGUGCUGUGAAUUUCUAACUUUUAUUUAUUUUAUUAUUAAUUAAUUAUUUAAAGUGAUCAGUUUUGUGAAUGUGAAUUCAAUAAACUGGAAUCAUGCCCCAGAAGACAUGCUGUGUACCUGGCUGUUCAGUAAUGACUUAUGAUGGUGUUACACUGCAUAACUUUCCUGACCCGGAAAAAAAUUCAAAAAAGUUUAACGUCUGGGUUGCAAAUAUUUAUGGCGAUUUAGCUACAUUGGAUGCAACAACAAAUUUUAUUAAGAGACGAGUAUGUCAUAAUCAUUUCGAGGAUGUUCAUAAAUAUCCUAAGAACCGACUCAGUCAAUUGGCAAUGCCAGUACUACAUUUACCAGCAAAGAUCAAACACAAUUUCCCAAAUCCGGAAAGGGAUGCUGACCGUUUCAAGGCUUGGGUUCGUGUUGCUGGUGGGAAGUUGGAUAGUGAAGAGGAUUAUAAACUGUACAGGAAGAAAAUUGUCUGUGAUAUUCAUUUCACUGACAAGGAUAGGACCCGUAGUCACCGGUUGAAUUGUCUAGCAGUACCAUCACUUCAUCUUGAUUUGGGGAAGCACUUACAUAUGUUUCCUAAUCCCAAGAGAUUUCACGAUCAAUUUAAGGCAUGGGUUAAAGUUGUCGAAGGAAAACUAAACUCAACUGACGACUACUCAUACUUUCGUACCAAACGUAUCUGUGAUAGACAUUUCACAGAAAAUGACCGAAACAGGAAUAACAGAAUCAAUGCUAUUGCUAUACCUUCUUUAUUUAUAAAUGAACGUGCCAGAACUGAAACCGAUUCAGAGUUUUCUGAACGUGCCAGAACUGAAACCGAUUCAGAGUCUUCUGAAGACGAAAAUUUGAUAAUGAAGUGUUGUGUUCCUGGCUGUAAGGAUCUAACAGAUUCAUCAUCCGCAAGACACUUACAUAGUUUCCCAAACCCUAUAACGGACCGAGAGCGCUACAGAAAAUGGAUGUUGGCAAUAUAUGGUGAAAAUGCUGAUGAUACUGACGAACACAAAGUGCGAAGAAUUUGUACAUCCCAUUUCGAAGCUAAAUACCAUUGUCGCUUUGGAAGAUUAAGCAAUAACGCUAUACCAACUCUAAACCUAUCAGAAUCAGAUAAUGAAUUAAAAUGCUCGGAUGUUGAGUAUCUUGAUGAAGAUUUAGAAGACGAUUUUGAUCUAGCAGACCCAUUAAAAGAAAGUCUUGAUAAAGAACAACCAACAAUCGCUGCUAAACUAGAACAGGAUUUCAAGACGGCUCUAGACGAAAUUGACUUAUUAUUUUUGAGCUAUGCCAAAACAUUUCGGACGCUUAGCAAGCAAUUCCAAACGAUGUUGAAACUCGACAUGGCGAAACUGUUUACCCGUUACGAAAUAAAGAAUGAUAUGCUGAGUAAAUCUAAGGAAGAAAACCAAGAUACCGUUCCAGUGGAACUUACGCUUCCUGUUGAGGAAACAUCCAAACCCUCAACGCUGCUGCCUAAAGACCCGAAAAAAGUAUUUUUACGACAGGUUCCUUUGAAAACCGUCAUGUCUAGCUUGACGAAUAUUAGGACCUACAGUAAAUCUAACCCUAAAAUUAGAAUUUUGAACGAAACGAAAUUGCAGUCAAAAGAUAUUACAGAAAAAUCAAGUGUUGUUGAAGUUGUACCGACAAAACUUAAACCAAUUUAUAAGAAACCAAAGCUUAAACCCACGUCACCCGAUCCAAUAUCAACACAUGAAUCGAUUAUCACUAUUGAUGUAAAUAAUGAGGAUGAAACAACAAUUAAUGAAAUGCACACUCAAAAUGAAGAUGAUCCUGAACUGAUGAUGGAAGUUACAGAUCCAAUUAAAACUGAGACAGUUUUUGUAUUCUCGGAUGAUAUGGUUAAAAUUGUAGAUAAAACGUGACGUAGUAGCUAACUGUAAAUGGCUUGUAGCAUUUGGACUAUGCUGAAUACAACAUGCGUCCAUGUAUAAUGCUCUGGCGCAGUAAAUUACAUAUUAGUAAUAAUUAUAAAUUUCACAUUUUUGUUGCUACGGUGAAAAUGGAUUAUAAUAUUAUAUUGCGUCGUGACUCAUAUAUGACAAGCAUAAAUUGGUAUACAUUAAGGCUGAGUUGCACUACUUUUUAAAGGUAACUGUUACGAUAACCUGUGUUUUUUUUGUAUGGAGUUUGACAGGCUUUUGAUGUCUGUUAUAGUUAAAGUAUAGUAAGAUGUUGCAACCCAGCCUAAGAA